AUGAGGCAGCGCACCAAGAGUGUUGUGAGUGUGCGGGAAUAUUUCCGCAUCGAUGGCAGUGGCGCCCCUGAGCAGGAAGACGACGACGACAAUGACGAUUGGGCUGCCGUUGCUAUGUACGGAUCCUGCAUGGAUGUGCUCAAACCUGGCAAGAAGACGCGUGCACGCACAUCGACUUGUGACUCACUGGCUGAGACGGAUGACGACUCGGAUGGCGAAGAGAACGAUGGUAUUUUACGCAUUCGAGCGUGUAGCCACAGUCGUCGCAUCAGUUUUGACGACGACGUUAAUGUCGUUGAGAUUCCUGCACGCUCUACCUUUGAUGCUGACUACAAGCAGCGCGUCUGGUAUACGCAGGACGAAUUGCUUCGUAGUCAAGAGUGCUACUAG